AUGCAUGGCACUGAGAGGAAGAAGUCAAUGGGUAUGCCGCGCUGGGGUGUGCCUGGUUCAACUAUGAAGACACCCACGAGGCCGCGGUUUACUAUUGGAGGAACGCAAAUCAAUUCAUCCUCUAAGAAUGAUGCCAAUGCAGGCGGACAACCUCGCUUCAGCAUCGGAGGAGCGGUACCUGCCAGUGCGCGGAGACACUCAGUGUUCAGGUCUCUCACAAGUAAUUUCAAAGAUACACGGCCGCUAUCUUCGAAAGAAUAUCAGAGCGAGAUGGUUAGAACGAUUUACGAGUUCCUUCUUGAACAUGACGGAGAGAAUUGCUUGCCAGAACGAGUUAUUCGCUCACCGACAAAGCAGGACUUCGUCUGCAUGUUCGAAAGCAUCUACCAGCAUCUUAAUCCUGAUUUCCAACUGAAGAAUGUUAUUGAAGAAGUGCCAGCAAUCUUUCGCGAACUUGGCUAUCCUACAGCUAUCAAGCCAAGCACCAUGCAAACUAUAGGAGCUGCGCACUCAUGGCCGACACUACUCGGUGCCCUCACCUGGCUAAUCGAUUUUGUUAAUGUAAGCAUUAAGCUACAAGGGAAGGUUGGACAAGAACUCCUUCUAGGUGGAGAUAAUUCAAGUGGUACUUUAAAAGCGUAUAAGUACAGUUGGUUGAACGCUGGAUUCAAGGAGUAUGUGCAGAAUAGAGAAGCGUUCAUGGAUGAAAGUGCUUUUGAUAAUAAGAUCCAGGCUCUGCGUCAGUGGUAUGAACAGCAGGAAGAUUUCGAUACUCAAAAGAAGGCUAUAGAAGCCAAUCUUGAGCAGAUCAUUGAGGAGUGCAAAGAACUAGAAGCGGAUAAAGGGAAGGUGGAACGUAUACAAGAUGACAUUGCUCGUCUUGACGAAGAUAUCGCUAAGGCCACCGAGUACAAAGAAGAAACAGAACAGCACGAAAAACAGUUGGCUGAACAAGCUGAAGUAGCUGCGGUCCGAAAACAAGCUGAGGAGUACCACACCAAACUCGCAGAAGUUGAGAGUGCCAUUAAAGCUCAAGAGGAAGGGGAAGGACUGUGUGGCACUGAAGCACGAGCUCUUAUUGCUGAAGUAGAUCAGAAUAAACUCACCAUAAGAAAACUGAAAGCUGAACUAGAAGACCUUUGCAAACAACACUGGUUGGCAGUUCCAAAAACUAAGAGUGCUCUUGCAGAGCAACAAGACCGCUACCAUAAACUGGUUAUGGAUAUCAGAAGCCUCUCUUUGAGCGUUCUUUCGGAAGAUACAGUCGUAAUUGAUGAAAAUCCAAUGGAUGCUAGAGCUCUUCAUACUGCCAUCACGAAAGACUGCAAACGUCUCCUAGAAGAGACUGAGGCCAAGUUUCUACAAAAGGAAGUGGGAUCUUGA